AUCCCGGCCCGCCGACGGCGCGCAGCCAGCAGCCCCCAACUCCAUCGCGGUCCCCGCAGCCUCCCGGCGAGGGAGCCGAGCCCCGGUGCUGCGCCCCGGCCCCGCCGCGCCAGCAUGUCCUCGACGGAGAGCUCCGGCCGCACCGCGGACAAGUCGCCGCCAGCAGGUACGUCCCGUGGACCGCUGCUUGUGGGGCUGCGCUGGGGGCGGCUGGAGGAGCCGUUGGGCUUCAUCAAAGUUCUUCCACUCUUUGCUAUUUUCGCCUUCGGGUCAUGCGGCUCCUACAGCGGGGAAACAGGAGCAACGGUUCGCUGCAACAACGAAGCCAAGGACGUGAGCUCCAUCAUUGUUUUGUUCGGCUAUCCCUUCAGGUUGCACCGGGUCCAGUAUGAGAUGCCUCUCUGUGAUGAUGACUCUACUUCCAAGACCAUGCACCUCAUGGGGGACUUCUCUGCCCCUGCCGAGUUCUUUCGUGACCUUGGCAUCUUUUCCUUCUUCUACACCAUGGCUGCCCUUGUCCUGUACUUGCGAUUUCACAAGCUCUACACGGAGAAACAGGCGCUUCCCACUGGUGACUUCUGUGUAACUGUCUCCUUCACCUUCUUCUGGCUGGUAGCUGCAGCUGCCUGGGGCAAGGGCCUGACGGAUGUCAAAGCUACAAGGCCAUCCAGCCUGACUGCAGCCAUGUCCGUGUGAUGGAGAGGAGCAGUGUGCAGUGCCGGGGCCACACCCUCUAUGGGGCUGGCCAACAUCUCUGUGCUCUUUGGCUUUAUCAACUUCUUCCUGUGGGCCGGGAACUGUUGGUUUGUGUUCAAGGAGACCCCGUGGCAUGGACAAGGCCAGGACCAGGACCAGGGCCAGGGCCAGGGCCCCAGCCAGGAAAGUGCAGCUGAGCAGGGAGCAGUGGAGAAGCAGUAAGCAGCCCCCACCUGUCUACUCUACCUGGACAGCACCUCUUCAACAUCUCCAGCUUCCAAGACCUCCCUCUUCCUUCUCCUCCCCCAACGUCCCUUUCCCCAUCAUUCUAGGCUUUGAGCUUUGAGAUGACAGAUGGGCAGGCAUCAGCUGUCAGAAACCUGGGUAGCCCUCCCACUGGCUUCCUGUCCUUUCUCUUGCUGCAGCACUGGAUGGCAAGAGCUCAGUUCUUCUUAUCUACUGCCUAGACCCAGGCAUCUUAUUGAGGGGGUCUCACUUAUACUUCUCUAGCCUCGGAGAACCAGAUUCUGUUGCAGGCAAGGGCUGGGAGGUUCUCUGAGUUCCGGAACCCUAAAACUGAUCCCUACCAGUCACCUUUCUAUUCCCUAUUCAGUCUUGAUAAUAGUGGAGGGGGGAGGUUGGUGGGUGCCUUGCCCCUGGUCCCUGCGUGGAGGGCUCAACAGUCGUUUGGUGAUGUCCUUCAAUGGCUGUCAUUUUGUUCCUGUGUCUGACCUCAGUCUGCCAAGAACCCGUGUGCUUCCCACUGUCUUCUCUAGUCUCUGCUUGCCCACAAGUCCCACCGUGUGUGAACCGGGAGGCCCAAGAGCCUAGAAAGGGCCUGUGGAGGGUCCACAUGAGGCCUGGAUUCAGUGGGGGCAGAUAAACUGUAAAUGAGAUACAAGUUCGGGAAGAAAGCCAGGAAAAGUUGCUGGCAAAAUCAGUUUCUUCUAUCCCCUUUGUCCUCCCACACUCCCGGAUGGGGCACUCUAAACUCUACUUACUUUAGAAACUCCUUACCUUCCUCCCUGCCCUUCUUGGGCUUGGCCUCAUCUCAUACUUAGGACAUAAGAUGAGAGGCCUAGAAGUAUCUCCAUUUUGGGUUCCUUUUACCCCACCUCUCAGCCCAUCUCCUUUCCCCUGCCUCUUGGGUCUGAGGCAUUCAAGAUCAUUUUUGAAGUCUGUCCAGCCCUUCCUUUCAUUCAUGUGGAGCCAGAUAGGGGCUUUGGAAGGAUCUAAAGGACCAUCACAAAGCUGAGUUGCCCCAGAGCCCCAGGACAUGGAUGGAUGGGCCCAUUUCUCCCUUCUUCUAUGCUUACCCUCCCAGCACCAUCGUCCAUAUUCUUCCCAUCUUUAUAAUGCCCUCUUUUUGUUCCUCCCAGUCUUCCCCUGCUUCUCAUUACUUCCAGGCUCUAUCCCCUCCUCAGUCCAGGGCAGGCCGAUGCUAUUGGUGCUUCUUCACUUCGGGACCCAGUUCCAUAUUUGUCUUUGGUGUGUCUCCUCUUCCUGACACCUCCUUCAGUCUGUCUCUGGGCCCCAAGGCCUGAGAGUGCUAACUGGGUAAGGGCCACCUGCCUCCUGCCUGGCUCAAAACACCUCAGUCUUCCCUGAUCACAGAAGGAUGAAGACAGAAGAAUCCAACCAUUUUCCAAUCCAGUGCCAGUUGGCCCACUUAGCAUCCCAAGGGUGAAUGUGGCCUGUACUAAUCUCUCUUCAGGACUGAGUCAACCCCCUUCAACCUCCUCACCUCCCUCAGUGCUGUCCACACUUAGGUACCUGGGGCUUAGGACCUUUGACUUAGGGCCACAUCCCCAAAUGCUCCAGAGUCCUUCAGUAAAAGAAUUAGAGUAUUUUGUUUUCAUUUUUAGAUUUGGGGGAAGGGAUUUGAGGAGGGAAGAAAGGAGAUGGGGAUGAGAAUGUUUCUAAGUCUGAAACUCUGUCCUGAGUUGUCCCCAUGGUUACUCAAGGACAAGGGGGAUAGUUUUGCCUAUAGAUCCAGAGACACAGAGAACAAAGGGGUGACCUUCAUUUUUCUUUAUGCUGGCCCCUUUGGGGGUCUGUGAGCAGCUUCUUCUGGAACUUUGUUUGGAUUUUGUGUCUGUAUUUAUAAUUUAUUUGAAAUGUGAUGGAUAAAGUGUUCUCAUUUGGGGGGUGAAGUUAGCAACGGGCCCUUCAUCUAGGGAAAAGGUGGUAUUCACGUCUGCCAAAGACUCCCAGCUCAGAGCUCUCUCUGAGGCAGAGAAGGCGCUUCCUUCUGCUCAAGAGGCCAGCUGGUUUUCAGCCAAAAGAGCCUUGAUUUUUUUUUUUUUCUGUGAUUGCCCUAAGAGGAAAGGCCAUUUCACCUCAUUACCUCCAGAGGGCAGGGCUGGGCCAAGUCCCAAGGGUAGGGCUGUCCUUAUAGGACUUGUCCCCUCUGACCAGGGCUAGCAUCACUGCUUUGCCUAGUGGAGCCAGAAGUAGGAGAAGGUGUCUGGUUUCUCCAGCUCUGCAGGAGGCUAACAGGCAGGGCACUUGCCCUUUGCCCUGGUUGACUCUGACCCUGCCAUGGUGCCCAACUAGAACCUUUCUUAGACAUGAGUUCCCACCAACAUCAUGGUCACUGGUCUCCUCUCUCUGGAAUUGCAGAUCAGGGGUGGGGGGAGAAUGUUGCAUGUUGUUUUCUGGUGCUUGUUAUUACACAUUUGAAUAAACAGUGCUGCAAGCAGUUGCCAUGAAGGAGCCAAGA